CUCCUUAGUGCGAAGGCGCGCAGCUGCCCCCAUUGCGCAGGCGCAGUGGAGAGUCUGCCGUUGCAGGGGCGGGGCUUCUGGAAGCUUCUGGGCAGGGUGCGAGGGCGGCGGCGCGCUGCCGGGAUCCUUGGACACAACGCGACUGAUUCAGACAUAGAAGGCAUGAGAAUAGCUUGAACAAAUGACACGAGAUAAAAGCUGAAAGGGGGAAUAAAAACACAAGGCAAACAAAUAAAGGAAGGUUGUCGCAUAUCUUGGAGCAGUGAAAUAGUUGUGCAUUACAUCAAUUUUAAUUGCAUUGCUGAAGAGGACUUCAGUUGAUAACAAUGAUUGAAGUUUUGAUAUUAAAGAUUGAAGAUCCAGGUUGCUUUUGGGUCAUUCUGAAAGGAUGUGGAUCUUUUGUAGACAAUGAAGUGGAAUAUAGAAAACUGCAUGCUGACAUGAAUCAGUUCUAUAACCAAUCUUGUAGAGAUGUGGAUGAAGUAAUGCCAUUAACGUUAGAAGAAGGGCAGGUGUGCGUGGUUUUUUGUCAGGAACUGAGAUGCUGGUGUAGAGCAGUUAUUAACACAAUCAUGUCCUGUACAGAUCAUUGCCUGGUAGAGUGCUUCCUUGUGGAUUAUGCCAAGUAUAUUCCUGUUAAAACAAGAGACAUUCGGGUUGCAGUGGAAGCAUUUAUGCGACUCCCAUAUAGAGCAAGAAAGUUUAGAUUAUACUGUAUAAAGCCAGUGACGUUGCACAUCGACUUCUGUGAAGAUACUGCAGAAAUAGUACCUGCUAAGAUUUGGGAUGGUGCUGCUAUUCAGUACUUCCAAAAGCUGCUCAGAGAAACCACGCAGAUUGAGGCUAAGUUAUGUGCUAUAGAAGAUGAACACUUUGAUGUUUAUCUUUAUGUAACAGUACAGGAUGAAAAGGUAUGUGUUAAUGAUGAACUUGUUGCGAAGAACUUUGCUUGUUAUAUGUCUACUGAAGAGAACACAAAUAAUCCUGCAAAUAAACCAAGCAAGCAGUCCCCAUUAAGUCUUGUGGGUUUUCCAGAAAAAGUGAUCAGUCCUGUACUUGCUCUUUGGCCAGUGCUCUUACAGGGAAAGGCACCCAAAAACCUAAAAACAGGUCCCACACAGUUUGAGCUCCCUGACAUCUCUCUCAGUGCCAAUAGCCCUGGGCACACUGCUUCAAAUCCUCUUCUGGAAAAGAAUGGUAAAAAUCUUUCAACUACAUCUUUUAAUGGACAUAAUGAGUCUACUGUCGGUGUGUUUCUCGGCUUUCCUUUUAAAGAAAAUAUAACUAUUUCUGGUCAGACAGACAGUGACUUACUUGAAAUCACAUGUAAGAAACAACUGAAAGAGAUACAACAAGAUGAAAAGAGUGGCUGUGUAAAGCUUUUGCAGUUUUUAAAUCCUGAUCCUUUGAAAACGGAUCAUUUUCAGAAUGAAAAACAGGAGUUUCUAAAGGUCAGUGCAGAACAACAUUUUGUUGUUUUUAACAAGAAAAUAGAACCUUGUUCAUCUCUUGAAACAGCACCACUUCUUGUUGAUCUGAAAAAGGAGCUUCUCUGGAAUAAGUUUAGAGGUCCUACUUUCACAGAGUCUUAUUGUUGGCCACCAAUAGCUCGUGGAUGUGAUGUAGUUGUCAUCUCUCAUCAUGGAAAUGAUCCUCUGUUGUAUGUUCCACCAAUUCUUACAUUUUUGCAAUCAAGAGUCUGCUACAAGUCAUUGCCAAAUGGGAAUGGUCCAACAACACUAAUCGUGUGUCCUGGAUGGAAGAAAGCACAACUUGUUUUUGAAUUAUUGAAAAAAUAUGGCAGACGUUCCAGACAGUUGCAUCCAAUGUUGUUAUUAGUUGGACUGAAAAACGAAGAGGUCAAAAAUAUGAAGUUUCUACAAGGAUGUGAAGUGAUUGUAACUACACCAUACAGCCUUUUAAGACUGCUUGAACAUCAUAGCUUAUUAUUACUUAGACUUUGCCAUCUCGUUCUUGAUGAGGUUGAGGUACUGUUAUCAGAAGCCAGCAAACAAGUAUUUAUGAUCCUAGACUAUUAUAAGAAAACAAUCCCUGUUCCGGGGAGGGAAUCUGCGCCACGUCAGAUUGUUGUUGUUGGAACUCAUUGGAAUAAACAUAUAGAACAUGUAACAAGAGAGUUCAUGAAUGAUCCUUAUAUUGUGAUAACAUCUGUGGAAGAAGCAUGCAUAUAUGGAAAUGUUCAACAGGUAGUGCACCUUUCUUUGAAUUGUGACAAAAUCUCUGUACUACUCAGGAUAUUGGAUUGCACCCCUAGUAACGCUCAGAAAACCUUGAUUUUCACUAAUUCUGUGGAUGAAACGGAAAUGGUUUAUAGAGUAGUGGAGAGCAAUGCAAUAUUUUGCUUAAAAAUACACAAGGAAAUUGAGUAUCAUUUCAAAUACGUUGAAGAGCAAUGGAGAAAGAAAUUUAGUCCUGGCACUCACGUUGUGUUAGUUUUAACUGAUGACUGCAUGAAAUACUUGGGAAUUACUGAUGCAACUUGUGUGGUACAUUUCAGUUUUCCGUCCUCUCCAAGUGUCUUUGGUACACGCUUACACAGCAUGGCUGAUAACUUUCGAAGUGGCAUAGAAAAGAGUUCUUUGAAAGAUGACAAAUUUACAAAAGCAAAAUCGAUCUUGUUGCUGACUGAAAGAAAUGGAUGCCACGCAGUUGGUGUGCUGCAUUACUUGGAACACACAGAUGCUAAAAUUCCACCAGAAUUGAGUGACUUUGCAGCUGGAGUGCUCAAAGCUAAAGAAGAUAUGAAACUAGCAAGGCCUCUUUGUCGUUAUCUUAAAACACUUGGGGUUUGCAAGGAUAUGAGGAUAUGUCCAGAUCGGCAUCAAGUUAAUUUACAAAUAGAUUUCCCUCCAAAGUCUUCAGAUCAAAUUAGAUCAACGGCUGGAUAUGUCACAAUACUACCUCUCCACAUUGUGGAUGCAACAAACUACUUUGGUCGCAUAGUAGAUAAGAAAGAGGAUCAAUAUGCAAUUCUUGCUGUAGAAAUGGACAAGUAUUUUAAGAAAGCCGGUAAUAAAGUAUCAGUUGAAAUGGCGAAGAAACUAUCGUUGUAUGGAUUACAUGAAGAGAAGAUUUUUCAUCGGGUUCAAGUAUUAGAGAUCUUUCCAAAAGAAGAAAAUGGCUUUUUCUAUAACGUUACUAUCAAGUACAUAGAUGAAGGUAGAACUGGUCAGGUUCGAGGCCAUCAGUUAUUUCCCUUACCUGCAGAAUUUCAGAGUUUGCCCCCUCAGGCAGUGGAAUUCAUUGUUUGUAGAGUAAAACCUAUUGAUAAUGAAACUGAAUGGAACCCAAAGAUUACUAGAUAUAUUCAUCAGAAAAUUAAAGGAAAAUUGCAUGAAGCAAGAGUGGUGCUUACCUUGGGAAAUACAGUUUGGGUUGAUCCAAUGGUCCAAGUCAUCAGAUUUCCAGAUUUGAAGAUUUCUGUUAACGAAUACAACAUUAGAUCUGAGAUUUUGUCUAUGGGAAUGGGAACUGAUAAUCCAGAACACAUAAAACAACUCCAAAAAUUGUGUGAAUCUGCUAAAAUGUUAGCUCCUGAGAAAAAGACCUUGCAAACUUUUAUUAGGGACACGGCCAGUCCGCAGAGGGAGCCAGAACAGGAUAUGGACAGUCUGCAGAGCCCAUUAUUAGGAGAAAAAUUGUCUGAAAAUUGCAAUUUCUCCCAAACUAUUUUGGAUCAUCAAAGUGGUGCCAUAGCUGAAAUUGAGGCAGAAAACUCUACACAGCAUCAUCAUAAAUGUUUCUAUCCAGAAAUUAAAUGGUUUCAAAAGGAAGAUACUGUUACCAUGAAGAUAAAAAUAAGAAAUGUAACUGACUGUAAAUGUGAGUUUUUGAGAAACAAAGUUAUUUUCAGUGCUUUUUCAGAAGACAAAUUUUAUUUGGUGGAUACGGAGCUGUAUGAAAAUAUACUUACUGAAAAGUCUGUAUGUGAGAUUAAGAAUGAAGAACCUGUGAUUAUCCUUGCAAAAGAAAAGAAAGAAUCAUGGCUCAAACUGCUAAAGCACAAGAAUCCUAAUGUGUCUUUUGACUUUGAACAUUGGGAAGAUUUUGGAGAUGAAAGCCCCUUUCCUGUUGGUGCUGAAAAAGUACAUCAUCCUGCUACACUGGCAAUGGAAGAAAUGGAGGAAUCCUCAGGCAGUGAAACAGAAAGUGAUGACUAACCUGCAGAAUCAAUCUUUGUCAGUCCCUUUUCUCUCAGUCCACAAUGAGUAGACACACCUGCAUUUGAGCCACUUUCAAAAGGGCAGCAGCUGUUAUGUUUUAAUACAGGGGUGGGCCACUUAAGGAGUUCUGGUGAGCUCUUGGGGGGGGGGGGGGUGCAUACUGACCCAGCCACAGUGCCCUGUCACAGCUGUUCACACUACCCAGUGGGGGGGCCCUGAGGAAAUGCCAAUUUAUCCUAUCUGCCCCAGGCCUGUCUGCCCUGCACCCACCACUGGGAGUGCCAGAUACAGCGGGUGGGCAGGGGCUCCAUGGAGACCAACCCAGGACCCCUAUGGGCAGGGUACAGUUGGCCAGGCAGAUAGGAUCAGGUCAUAGGGGGGCAGGAAGCAGGACAGGCAGAUGGGCGGGGCUGGGAUCACAAGGUGGUAACUGUGGGGCUGCAGCCCUGGGCAGAACUGCAAUCCAUUUCUUGCCAUCCUACCUCCAGCCCUGCCCAUCCUGCUUCUGGAUAUAGCUCCCUGGCUGCCCAUGGCCCCAUCCCAUCCACUUGGCUGAGUGUGCCCUGCCCACAGGGUUCCUGGGCCCAUUUCCAUGAAGAUCGUGGCUGCUCCAUUGGGUGUUCCUGGUGAUGGGUGUGGGGCAGACAGUCUGCGCAGUGGGGCUGGGAUCUGGUGGCAGUGGUGGGGCACAUGCCUGCUCCUGGGUGGUGAGAGCUGUUUGGAAGCCAUGUCUGGCUGCUGUGUCGCCUCACAACACCCACCCUGCCCUGCAGACUACGGCUCCCAGCGUGCCAGAGAACGGCAUGCAGGGGCAGGGUGGGCUGCAUCCAGUGGCACCUCCGCGCCCAGGGGCAGCAGGACUGGCCAAACGCACCAUGGCCUGGGAUGCCCCCUGCACCUGGGAUAGGCAGAGUCAAUAGACCCACCAUGCCAUAUUUUGCUCACCCCUGUUCUAACAGUUGAAUGUGGAAAACCAUGGGAAGGAUACAAAUGUAGCAGAACCACUCCAACUUAACCCUGAAUGAAGCAGUGUUACAGCUGAAGUGGCUUUGCUUUCAGCUGAAGUGGCUUUGCUUUCAUACUUUGUAUUGUUACUUUGUGGAUAAGUUAGAAACAAUUGCAUAGGAACAGCUGCAGACCUUUUGAAAUGGAUCCAACAUUUACAUGUGUCUAUAUCCAAUGCUGAUUAAGGAUGGUCUUGCAGUCUUUAUCUGCAUAAGAAUUUUACUGAUUUAGGUGGAACUAUUUGCAUAUAAUUAAGGGCUACAGAAUCAAGUCCUUAAUUGUUACAAGGAUGGCAGUGAACCAGACACUUUAUUGUAUUUAAAUACGUUGGCUAAUUUUGACUACCUGGAUUUGAACAAAUAAAAUGCCAUAGAAGAA